GCGCGCCACUCUUCCAGGGUCACUAUGGAAACCAUCCGCAUGCAAGUACCUUUGGUCAUCCUUGUACUCCCACUAUUUGUAUUUGGGGCUCCCGCUGAUGCAUCUGGCCCCCAAGACGUCACCAUCACCUCAAGCAGUUGCAAACGUUGCUGUGAUUCCCUGGACACACCUGGCUCCUCCGAGGCCAGUCCUGGCAGAAACAGUCCCCCCACCUUGCCCUAUACUAUUCCAGAGGUGCGUCCAUAUAUCAACAUUACCAUUCUGAAGGGAGAUAAAGGAGAUCAAGGAGAACCUGGGAUUCCUGGGAAAUGGGGCAAAGAGGGGCCCCCGGGUGAACGGGGAGCCCAGGGCCCAAAGGGCAGCAAGGGGCAGAUGGGUGCCCCUGGAGAUCCUUGCAAGCACCAGUACGCAGCCUUCUCGGUUGGCCGCAAGAAGGCGCUCCACAGCAGUGAAGGCUACCAGGCCUUGAUCUUCGACACGGUCUUCGUGAACCUCUACAGCCACUUUGACAUGUUCAAGGGCAAGUUCUACUGCUACGUGGCUGGCCUGUACUUCUUCAGCCUGAACGUCCACACCUGGAACUUCAAGGAGACCUACAUGCACGUCAUGCGGAACGACCAGGAAGAGGUCAUCCUCUACGCCCAGCCCAGCGACCGCAGCAUCAUGCAGAGCCAAAGCCUGAUGCUGGAGCUGCGGGAGAACGAUGAGGUCUGGGUGCGCCUCUACAAGCGAGAGCGCGACAACGCCAUCUACAGUGACAACGUGGACAUCUACAUCACCUUCAGCGGCUACCUGAUCAAGCCCAGCCUUGAGUAGCUGCUUGCCUCUCGAGCACCUCCGCUGCCCUCCUAAGCAUGACUGUUCACACUGCCUGUAAGCUGCUGCAAAUCAUACACAGAAGGACUGGAAGCAUCCGAAGAAUGCGGGGCCAUUCAAGAAGACCAUUUCACUAGAGUAUUAAGAUGAAAGAAAGCAGUCUUUGGAAUCAAAAGGGAUCAUUGCAUUCAAGGGAAAUGUUUUGCUGACUGAUUCAUAAGUCUGCUUGUUUUCAGACGAGCUCGUGAGGUUAGAGCUGGGGUUUCUAGGUUAUCUGAAAUCUUCACACCUUCUACCCCAGACAUUUCCCUCAUUAGAAUAUUGGUGCAUGGACUUGGAAAGUGGUGCUUCCUUACCAGCAUGCUCUAAGUGCUCUUGUUGUACAUGAAGGACACAGCUGAAUUGAGCAGUCUCAAGUGAGUGACAUCUUCACUAAACACACCCCGGCAGUCACUAUUUUUGCGCAAUGAGUUCCCCUGGUGCAAUGGGACCUUCCUCCCUCUUCUCCCGAAAUCUGGAUGGGAGGGUCAGGAGAACCCCCAAAAUGGCUCAUGCAGAGAGGGGAGGCAAUUCUGCAUGGCAAGCAGAAAUGCUUUCUCUGAUGGAGCAAUUGCCAUAGCUUGACUCUGAAUCCCACCCAUUGGGUGCAUGCCAUGCUCGUCUCUGAACAGGUUUUGUAGCUCUGUAGGCUGAAAGUUAGAUCUCUUCAGUAGGCUGUGCACACAAAGGUCAGAAUCCAGCCCACAAAUUGUGCAUGAGAUCAAUGGGGCUUACACGACUGUGAACUGGAUUGUAGCCUGUGAUUUUAGAACUUGUCAGCUGAACAGUCAUGUUUAAAAUAGGUGUGCAAAAGAUACAGGGAAGUUGAAAGAAAGGAAUGGUGCAACUACCUUUUUGUAAACCUCUGUUUGCCAUUGCCAUGCAGGGCCAUUUGCACAUAUGGGGAACAUGGGCCUAGACUGGUUUAACCUUGAUAAUGCCUUAAGUGUUGAAGAAACAGGCCAGCUCAGGCUGGGGCAAACAUCAAAGGAAAGAAAGCUUCUAGAGGGAAUAUUUUUUCUGGUUCUCAUAAGUGAGACUUGCACUUAUGUACAGGCAAUGAUCAUUUUGGCAAAGCCCACUCCAUUAUCCCCACCCCCUUUUCCAGCCAUUUCCAGGUUGCAGUGAUGUGCAUGUGCACAGUCAUGAGUGCUUUAAAGCAUCAUUGCCUCUACUACACUGUAGAGUGCUUUUGUUCAAGAUUCCAACUAGCCAGCCCUACCCACAGUGCGUAGCAAGGGAGGGGCGAAGGGGGCGGGCCGCCCCUAGCUCCACUCUGGCGGGGGCAGCACGGGGGCAGUGCCCCGGGCCCCUGGCCUCCUCUGCCCGAGCAGGAAGAAGCAGAGCACAUUACAGAGCAGGUUGCCAGGCGGCGGCAAACCGCUCCGUAGCGCGCUCUGCUUCAGAGCGCGCCGGCCGAGCAGAGCAGCAGCGCCAACCCAGACGGACUGCGCAUGUGCAGACAUGUGCAGUCCGUCCUGGCACAUGCAUCGUGAUGUCAGGAUGCAUGCACGCUGCAGAGCGACACCCCGGGCAGCCAAGUGGCACCGUUCACCACUGCCUACCCACUUUGAAGAUACUCCAUUCCAUGCCCUUAUUUCCUGAUUUUCCAUUCCUCCCCCUUCCAUCAGUUAGUCAGUAUUCUGUGUCCAUUGAGCAUGCCCAGCCCUUUUUUUCCUUUAAAAAAUGCACACCUGUGCAAACUUUGGGUACCCCACCCCUCACCCCCGACUCUCUGUAGCUAACACCUUUUUGAGUAUUGAGGCUGCUCUUUCCUAUACAUCAUGAUCCAAACAAAUUCACUAUUAAUAAUAUAUAGCACAUCCUGAGUUGCUUUUUUAAAAAUGAAAGUCAUAUGGCAGGCAGUGUCACAGCACUGAUUAGCUGCUAUUCCUGCAGGCAAUUCAUCAGGAAGUAGUCUGGGAUAAAGCAGGGAACGGGUAGCUGCCCAUCAUAGGAAGGAGACCAUAGCGCAGUAGUAAAAAGCCCCAGGUUCAGUUCCCCAUGUCUACCUAAAAGUAACUUAAGUAGCAGAGCUGGAGACACCUUGUCUGAAUCCUUGGGAAGCUGCUGUCCUGGACUAGUCAGUCCUGGACUAGAUGGACCAACAAUCUGACUCGAGAGAAGGCAGCUUUAAUGUUCAUCAUCAGAAGAAGGAGUAGCAGAUGAUUUCUCUUUUCACCUUGUACUACCAUGCGGGCACGGUAGGUGGUAGCCCCCCACGGUUCCCUGUCUUACGCCUAUCCUGCAAGCUGCAGCCAGUUUAGAAGGUAGCAAAAGCAAAAACCCUUUCCCACCCACUGGCAAGCUACUUUCGCUCAUCCAGAACCCUGCUCCUCCUGUUAUAUAGGGAUGAUAUUGCUGAUCAGCCUUACAGGAAUUUUGCCAGGAUUGCAGAUAGGGCUGGACAAUAUCUGGUUUUCAAAACAUGAUAUAUCACCAACUAAACACGAUGUCUGAAACAAGGUUGGAGCUAUGUAGAGGCACUGGCUGGCUUCACGGUUUUUCCCACAUUGUGAAUUUCACAUAGCACACACAAACACAUCAUGAUUCGCGAUAUAUCGCCAGGUCAAAAAUUAUGAAACCGAUAUCACGAUAUCCGUUUCAAUCCAGUUUUGGACAAUAUAAUGAUCUAUCGCGCAGCCCUAAUUGCAGAGGUACUUUGCGCAAAGCACUCUGAAGUUUCUAAAGGGCUAUGUAGUUGGCACAUGGCUGUGAGCAAUGUUUAGCCGUGACUUUUUAUGCACAAGCUGUGAAUCUGCACAUGCCCUGCCAAGCGUACUCGCUGCCUCUUCCACUGCCAUGUAGCCAAGUGUGCAGACAGCAGAUAGGAAAGCAGAGCUCUCCUUCCAAGUUGACAGGUCUCUUAGGGGGCAAAGGGCUAUGUGGGGGCAGACAUUUUUGCUUUGAUCCCCAUGGAGAGCCCUGCAGAGCAAGGUUAUGAGAAAGAGUCUGGAAAGGGGGCUUUCUUUAGAUGGGGAAGUCCGGGACUGAUUGGACAAGGAACCAAAUUCCUCUUCUCUGCAAGGCAUAAAUGGAGAAACCAGCUGUUGUAUAUUUGCAAUGCGUGGCGUCCCUGUGUCUCUCUAGGGAACAGCAGGAAUUUCUAGCACAGAAUCGCUUCCAGACCUGAGCUCUGAAUUCCUCGAGCCUCUGCCUCCAUUCCAAUGUCAGCAGAGCUCUCAAAUGUUCCUACCGAGAAGCUCUGCGUUUAAAGUCAAUAAGGCAAAGUGUGUGGUGUGUCAGUGUUUACUGCUUGCUUUUUGGUGCAAAAAAGACUUCUGACUUUUAAAGAAGCUCCUUUGGUGCUAAACCAGGAUCCUGGAGAAUAAUUGGUGCUUAAUGAGAGAGAUAUUGCAGACAUAGUGGACUGUGGAAUUUAUGGUGCUUUAUAGAGAACCCAAAUCACCCACCAGAUUUUUCGUGUGUGUAUAUAUUUUCCUAAAUAUUAAAACUUCUUUAUUGCACUUUGA